UACUGAUAGCGAGUGCCAUAAAGCAUGACUGCAUCAGUUGGUUAGGUUCGAUAAGGCCAAAGUCCGAGAUAGUCUUCUCCCAAAAGUUCAGAUCUCUUUGAUCCUUUGAUGGCCGGAAAAUAACAAACUUCCGUUCAUUUUCUCCUGAAAAUAUGUCGGACGCCGUGAUCAAUGGCCUCGCCGGCGCCGGCGGAGGGAUCAUCGCCCAGCUAAUCACAUAUCCACUCCAGACUGUGAACACUCGUCAGCAAACGGAACGUGAUCUGAAAAAGGAGAAGAGGAAGCUCGGAACCGUUGAACAAAUAGGCCAGGUUAUAAAGAAUGAAGGAUGGGAACGGUUGUACGGAGGUUUGACGCCGUCGUUGGUGGGAACAGCAGCAUCUCAGGGUGUUUACUAUUAUUUCUAUCAAAUAUUCAGGAACAAGGCUGAAGUUGCUGCCCUUGAACGUAGUAAGUUGGGCAUUGGUGAUGGAUCUGUUGGAAUGCUCUCUUCGCUAGUGGUGGCUGCCUUAUCUGGGUGUGUGAAUGUACUAUUGACAAAUCCUAUAUGGGUAGUUGUUACACGCAUGCAGACUCAUAGAAAAACUUCAAAGUCCCAGCCUGAUCAGAUGCUAUCAACUGAUCCAGAUGAAGCAAUUGUUGCUGCAGCUGAGCCUCCUCCCUUCGGGACUAGUCAUGCGGUACAAGAAGUUUAUGAUGAAGGUGGAUUUUUCAGUUUCUGGAGAGGUGUAUUUCCAACAUUGAUCAUGGUGAGUAAUCCUUCCAUGCAGUUUAUGCUGUAUGAAACUAUGUUGAAUAAGCUGAAGAAAAGACGUGCCUUGAGUAAGAAGAAUAACAAUGGUAUUACUGCUGUAGAGAUAUUCCUGCUUGGUGCUUUGGCAAAACUAGGUGCUACUGUCGUGACAUAUCCUCUUUUAGUCGUGAAGGCGAGACUUCAAGCGAAACAGGUCACAACUGGUGACAAAAGGCAUCAUUAUAAAGGAACUCUGGAUGCCAUUUUAAAGAUGAUUCGCUAUGAAGGGUUCUAUGGUUUCUACAAAGGGAUGAGCACAAAAAUAGUACAAAGUGUACUCGCUGCUGCUGUUUUGUUCAUGGUCAAGGAAGAACUCGUCAAGGGUGUUCGGUUCAUGCUCGCUAACAAAGCGAAAUCAAAGCCUCCAUAGAUGGAAACCUCACUUAGGGGUGUUCUCAUUCUCUGUCACACCCUUUCCCCCAAUACACAAUUCUUUGAUUAUCAUAAUCUUUUCAUGGCAUGCAUGCUCAAAUGUUUGUUUAGAAAUGUAUUGCCAUUAUCGCCA